CCCGCGGAAAAAAAACUGGAAUUCGAAUUUCAAAACAAACCCAAGAUUGCUGUUGGAUCAUGCAGGUGUUUAGUUUGAGCUAGCUGUUUGUUCCAGACACAGAAUACAUCUUCUUUUAAGUAAUGAGUAACAUGGAGGUAGAUGAAAAGAAUGAAUCCAAUUCACGACACAAAUCAGCGGAUUUUCCAAAGCCACCGUCUAUCGAGGAUUUCGCCGUUUUGAAGCCCAUCAGCCGUGGUGCGUUUGGGAAGGUGUACCUUGCUCGCAAGAAGUGCAAUUCCCGGUUGUAUGCCAUAAAGGUGAUGAGAAAAGCUGACAUGGUUGAUAAGAACAUGACGGGGCAAAUGAAGGCAGAGAGAGACGCCCUGGCUUUGAGCAAAAGCCCCUUUGUGGUUCACCUGUUUUAUUCCCUUCAAACUACCACAAAGAUCUAUCUGGUCAUGGAAUACCUCAUUGGAGGGGAUGUCAAAUCUCUGCUUCACAUUUAUGGAUAUUUCGAUAUGGAUAUGGCUGUAAAAUACAUCUCAGAGGUCGCAUUAGCUUUGGACUACCUUCACCGGCAUGGCAUAAUCCACAGGGACUUGAAGCCUGACAACAUGCUCAUAUCCAACAAAGGCCACAUCAAAUUAACAGAUUUUGGCCUUUCUAAAGUCAAGCUUGAUAGAGAGCUAAAUCUCAUUGAUAUCCUUACUACCCCAUCCUUGGCAAAACCAAAAAAAGACUACUUUCGAACCCCUGGUCAGAUCCUUUCCUUAAUCAGCUCGCUUGGAUUUAACACCCCUGCAGCAGAAGGUAAGCGUCACUGCAGUGCAUCUGCUGUGUCCAGUCCCAUGACCUGUGGCAAAAUAAAACAGAAGAAUAGCUCUCUUGAUUCACCUCUAAUGAAGAAAAAAGAUCAACCCUACUCUCCUGCAGGCUACCCAUGGAAAUGGGGACCUAACAGUGUGUUCAAUCCACAUAACUUGGCUAAAAAUCUGACCCCCUCACUGCUGAAGACCAGGAGGAGAUUUGAGACAAUGAGUGCAGGCAGCACGACAGACACUGACGGUGGCAUCAGUCCACUGUGGGAGUGUGAGGAGAAAGAAAAUGAACAUCGUAAUGAGCAGAGGAGAAGGCAUUCAGCGUCCAAAGUUCCAAAUCAGGACGGUGCACAAACCAAACUAGACACCGCUGGAACCAGAAUCAAUCUGCCAAAAAACACUGUAGAGAAGAUGGAGACGACACAGGGUGAUUACAGUCUGCCAGAAAGAGGUGACAGUAAAACCGUCACGGCACCAGCUGUGAAAAGAACUUUUUCAGAUUUAGAAAGAAGCCCAGAGCUGCUAGAGGUUCAAGCCAAGAAGAAUAAUACAGAUUAUAAGAGAUGCUACGAGAUUCCGAAUGAGACUGCAGGGUUUCACACCGGCCUGACAGGAAACUUUUCUACCAUCCACAUCACUGACUUCAUGGCUUGUAAUGAGGGGAUCGGUUUAGAUCAAGACCAGGUCCCGAAUCGCUCCAGUCCCAUUGCUGUGGCCAAGACUCUGUUUUCUGAACUGGAAGAUCCGGCGGAGGAUGUGUUUGAAGACAGAGCCAAAGACUUGUCUCAUUUGAGUUUCACAUCGCCGCUCAGUAGGAACAGUGACAUCUGCAGGAGCCUGAGUCUGGACUCUGAGGGCUCCAUCCACGACACAUCCCUCACAUCCGUCAGCCACGCCUCCCUGAAGCCGAGCUGCUGUUCCAUAAACGUCACUUCAGCUUCAUUCGACGAGCAAGAGGAAAACGAAGGGUCCUCCCCGUCCGAUCCACUGCCGAGAACCCCCUGUGUUGUCACUGAUGAAACACCAAAACUCGGUCAUUUCAGUCGCAGAGGAGAGUCCCAGUGCUCUUUGCUCAACCGUCUUCCAGACCUGCAGUGUGGUGUCGGCCAAUCCCCCUCAUUCCUCAAACCCAGGAACGUCGUAGCUUUCCGUAGCUACCACAGCUCCAUAAACCGUUCCAACAUGUCAGGGUUGUCCAGGAUGAGCACCGGGUCUGUAGAGCCCAUGGAGAUGUCCACAAAUGCUUCAUAUCUGUCUGGCACCACAACACCUGUUCAUCAAAGACCCAAGUCCAGAAGCUCUCAGUGUCAGACUCCUCAGCCCAUGUCAACCUCCCAAACCCCCUUCAGGACCCCAAAGAGUGUACGGAGGGGUGCGCUGCCUGUCGAGGGGGUGCAGAUUUUAGGGACUCCGGACUAUUUGGCUCCAGAGCUCCUUCUUGGAAAUCCACACGGAAGGGGUCAGUGUGACUGCAUGGUGGACUGGUGGGCUCUAGGUGUGUGUCUUUUCGAGUUCCUCACAGGUGUCCCCCCCUUCAACGACGAGACGCCUCAGUUGGUCUUCCAGAAUAUUCUCAACAGAGAUAUCCCUUGGCCUGAGGGAGAGGAGGAGCUAUCUGAGACUUCAAGGAAUGCCAUUGAAAUUCUGCUCACGAUGGACAUGAGCAAACGGGCCGGUCUCAAGGAACUGAAGGUCCACCCCCUGUUCGAGGGCUUGGACUGGGACAACCUGCAGAACCAGCCGAUGCCUUUCAUUCCUCAGCCAGAGGAUGAGACAGACACCUCAUACUUUGAUGCAAGAAACAACGCCCAGCACAUCGCCGUGUCCGGCUUCAGUCUGUAGACAACAAAACUGUGUUCCACUUCAAAGCCUUCUGUCUUUUUUAAUUAUUUUGAAACGACCAAGAUAUUUUGGCUGCAGAUCAGGUGUGCAUAUUCCUUGGGUCACAUGCUCUCACCUCCAAAUAUCUAAGGUUUUCUCUUCAGGGCUGUCAACUUCCAUUUGUGCAAUCACCUAGAACAUUUUUUAAAUAUAGUACCUCAUUGUGUUUUGUUUU